AUGGCUGGCACUGGCAUUGAGGGCACAACUGCCCCCACUAUGCCGUCAUUUAUGGCACUAAUGCUGUCCUCUCUCUGCACUUCUGUGUCCAGCGAUUGGUUCAAACAAUUUGAGCACAAAUUACGUGCAAAUCAUUGUGACGAAUGGACACAAACACCACAACCAUGUGCACCCAUUCGUGACCAUCGAGUGAUUGUGUCCAGCGGUAAGCCAUCGAGGAGUGCAGUGAUGUCUGGAGCGAGGGAUGUGGUGUCGAGUCAGGAGACAAUUCUGGAGCAAUACUUCACUCUGAAUGCAGUGUUUCUUUGGGACAAAGCGAAGGAAAUGGUGGAGAAGGAGAGGGACUCUCAUCGCCACCAACAGAACCAGUCGUCGAUCAUGUCGUCGAUGAUGACGGCUUUGGCGCAGUUGUCUUUGGCCGACAAGAACUACAUUCACCUGCACUUCUUGGCGCCCAAAGGCUUCCUCCGCAAAGACGUAGUGAAAGGAAUGUACGAAACCCUCAGAAGUGAGUUCGAGAGACUGCACGACAGGGGGAACACCUGCGCGUCCACUGAGCCCAGGCAGGCGAGCACUACCCCAUCCACGCCCAUCACCACAGCUGCUGUCCCCGCAAACAUACCGUCGGCCACGUCUUCCAGUUCUUCGAGCAUACUAUCCAUAGCCGUGUCGUUGUCUUCGGCGUUGAUGUCGACGACGAGCGCGAACUCCCAAUCGGUGCCCAACUCUCCCAUCAAAGCCACUCUGGAAGUGUUGGAUCGAUUGGCGGCACAUAUUUGCGGACAACUCUUGUGGUACGUGAGGGCUCGCAUCGAAAUGAUGGACAUCUAUGAGAAGAUAACUAUUGUCUCGAAUCAAAAAGCUGUCAAACAAAUCAAAUGUUCAAUCGCAAACAAAACUCAGUUCUUGGGCUCAAAUGUCUCUGAAUCGAGAGGCAGCACAGCGUCGGAACUCCAUUCUCAGGACAACAGUCUCUCCGCCGCCUCUCUACCAAUGGAUGUGUCGACUCAAGUUUCAAACAGUUGUUCCAAUGAUAUGAAGACUGUUUGUAGCAAACAGUCCAUUGAUUACAUCCAGAAAGUGAUCACUUUUCAGCGCAAAACUGACGCACAGUUUGUGGCCCUUCUGUUUGAUACUCACGGCUUAGAGGAUUACAAAGGGUUUGGAUAUCAUUCACCGUAUAAGAGCUUCGAGAGUCCCAAAGGGAUUGAUUCCAUACCUAUUAUAUAUAGUUAUCCCUUAGAAGUGCCAAAAAGUCAUUUACCCACUCUUAUAAUGAUUAUGAAUAACAAAUCAAAAGAACUGAAUACCAGUGACUCAUUGGUUCCACUAUUUGAUUCCCAAUUGAAUUGCACUUAUUUUUUGAUACGUCCCGACCCGAGGAUUACUCUCAAACACUAG